AAUAACAUAAUCAGCUGUUUAUCUUCACUUGUCAAACUUUCGCAUCGAUUGGCAUCUUAUUGGAAUUUUAACAAAACUCACAUAAAUUGUCCAAAUAAAUACUAAUUUCCAAUGAAAUAUAACUAAACAUGGAAGUGUUUGAUAAAAAUAACAUAGAAGUGGUGCCGCAGUUUUACGAAUCGAAGAAACUUAGUACCAAAAAGAGUCGCAUCUAUGUAUAUAGUAAACAGAGAAGCUGCGUAUGCUGCCGAAUUACCGAAGUAGGAUUUAUAAAACUAAUAAACUGCAAACAUUGCGUGUUUUUAAAGCUUUACUUCCUUAAUCGAAUAAACUUUCAAAAAGCACUUGUGUGCCAUUACUGUCAUGGCGUUUUAAAAAUGAUAAGUGAUUUCAAAAGGCAAGUGGAGAGGAGCAUUCGGCCGAGCAGGGUGCCAAACCCUCCAAAAACGAUAUCGAAACUUCAAAAAGUUACGGUGAAUCUAAUAUCGAUCACGCCUGAACCACCGAUAAUUAUACAAGAUCAACCUAUAAUUAUACCUACAAUACCAAUCAUAACUAACGUAGGAAAUUUAAGUUUACCAAAUGUAUUAUUAACCACUGAUAAUGUUCAGAUGAUCUCGAAUGCCAUACCAGAGCAAAACACUUUGCAAAGAGAAGUACCGAUGUUGCAACUAAGUGGUUUUAAUGAUACCGGACAGGAAUGUAAUAAUAGUUGUAAUACUGAACAAUUUGGCACGUUAAAUAAUUGUAAUACUACACAAUUUGUCACAUUAAACAGUAUUAAUCCUCAACAAUUGGACACAUUGAAUUGUAAUGCUGCACAAGUUGACACAUUAAACAGUUGUAAUAAUCAACAAUUGGGCUCAUUAAAUAGUUGUAAUACUGCACAAGUUGACGCAUUAAACAGUUGUAAUCCUCAACAAAUCGACACAUUAAAUUGUAGUACUGCACAAGUUGACACAUUAAACAGUUGUAAUACUCAACAGUUGAACACAUUAAAUACUUGUAAUUCCGCACAAGUUGACACUUUAAACGGUUGUAAUAUUCAACAAUUUGUCACAUUAAACAGUUGCAAUGCUCAACAAUUUGACACAUUAAAUAGUUGUAAUUCUGGACAAUUUGUCACAUUAAACAAUUGUAAUACUCAACAGUUGGACACAUUAAACAAUUGUAAUAAUCAACAGUUAAACACAUUAAACUGUUAUAGUACUCAACAGUUGGACACAUUAAACGGCUGUAAUACUCAACAAUUUGUCACAUUAAACAAUUGCAAUGCUCAACAAUUUGACACAUUAAAUAGUUGUAACUCUGGACAAUUUGUCACAUUAAGCAAUUGUAAUACUCAACAGUUGGAUACAUUAAAUAAUUGUAAUACUCAACAGUUAAACACAUUAAACUGUUAUAGUACGCAACAGUUGGACACAUUUAACAUUUGUAAUACUGCACAAGUUGACACGUUAAACAGUUGUAAUACUGAACAAGUUGAUAUAAUAAACAAUUGUAAUACUGAAGAAUUUGACACAUUAAACAGUUGUAAUACUGAACAAAUAGAUACAUCAAACAGUUGUAAUACUGAACAAGUCGAUACAUUAAAUAGUUUGAACUCUGACUCACCUACUUUGCCAAUCAAUGUGACUAGUAAUCAAUUUGUGAUAGAAAGUUUGGGGCGGAAUGAGCCAAAAAUAGAUUCAAAUAUAGAAGUACCAGAAUUAUGUGGUAAUGAUGUACUUAAUACAUCUUAUGAAACGCCUCCUGUAAACCAAGAUUUCGAGUUCAUAGAGACGCCAAAUUUAAAAUCCUCUCCGCCCAUAUACAACAUACUCGGAGAGGUAGAGAAAGUGAUUCUGGGUAAACAGGAUAUGCAACUGGAGAGAGAGAGGAAGAAGAAUGAUGAUAAGUAUUUGAAAAAGGACUACAAAUGUGAAUUGUGCGUGCUGGGCUUCGACCUUAAGGAGAUAUUUAAAAAACACAUGAAAAAACAUGAUAAGAAUAAAGGCGCCUAUGUGUGCGAGGUCUGCCAAUGUGUGUAUGCGAAACAGAGAUCAUUAAAAAAACACUAUGGGGUUCACUAUACGAGAUAUCAAUGUAUGGUAUGCGGUUUAAGAUUCCGCCAAGAACACUUAUGCAUAUCGCAUUUUAAUAAAACGCAUAAAAAUGACGGCGAAACCGAACUAGCAGUCAUCUACACGUGUUCUAAAGUUCAUUGUCGAUUUACUACCACGAAUUACAACGAACAUAUAAAGCAUAGUCUUCAAGGACACGGGGAGGUACCUCGGUGUGAAGAGUGCAGGAGAUCGUACUCUAAUAUCUACAGCUUAAGGAUCCAUAUCGAACGCAUGCAUAAAAACACACUGCCUAAGUACGAGUGUAAGACGUGCAACAAGAAGUUUCGUUCCCAAGCCGGAUACAAUGUACAUUUGAAGACCAUACAUGAUCACAAACCACCCACAGUGCUGUCCUGUACGGUAUGCAAAAAAGAUUUCUACAAUUCCAAGAAGUUUAACAAACAUCUCAAGACGCAUAAAGCUAAUGAGCAUACAAAGCAAUUGAGUUUUAUCUGUGACUAUUGUGGGAAUAAUUACUUAAGGAAACAUCCAUUAAAAAUGCAUAUAGUCGAAGAACAUUUGAAAUUACGACAUGAAUGCAGUACAUGUAAUCAAAUGUUUAAUUUGAAGUCAUCUUUAACAAAUCACGUGCGUAACAAACACAAAAGGCUGCGGCCCCGAGAAAAUAUACUCUGCGAUUGCUGCGGGAAAAGUUUCAUGAAUACUUCAUCUCUGCAACGUCAUGUGGCGUCCCGAGUCGAGAGAUCAUUCUAAUGUGGCUUCAUACAAUGUCCUUGUAACAUACCAAAGAUAGACUAAUAAAAUAAUUUAAUAAU